AUGUCGAACACUAAAAUCACUGUACCAGCAAUUUCCACAACAAAUCAGGCUGAGGAACAAAAAAUCGAGGUUUUAGAGCAGGCAGCCGAAAAAUGUGCUGACAUGGGCAAUUUUUCAAAGGCGUGCCAAGUCUAUGAACGAAUUGUCCAGAUAAAGCCAUCCUACGAAAAGGGGUGAACUUCGUUAGGGCAUUGCUACUAUAUAGCACAAGACUACAGAAAAUGCUAUUUCGCCUACCAAAGAGCCUUAACCAUCCCAAGAGGCAACUCAAAUCCUCAGUUAUGGUAUGGAUUAGGUCUUCUUUACCUAAGAUUCUCCUCCCAUAAUUAUGCUGAGAUGGCGUUUCAUGAAGCUUUAAAAUGUGACCCGAAUUUCGAGCAAAAACAAACAAUUUUGCUCAAAUUGGGAGUUAUCUCUAAGCAAGCGCUUAAAUAUGAAGACGCUAUUGGUCUAUUUAAAAACUGUAUUCAAUGUGAUAGCGAGGCUAUAAGUAUAGUAACACAAGCUUAUUGCUGUAUGGGAUUUUGCUACCAUCAGCUUAAGCGCUUUGGAGAGUCCUUGUCAUCUUAUAGGCAUGCUGUGUCUAUCGAGCCUAAUCGGUACACAUUAGCAUGCUUAGGAUGGGAAUUAUAUAUUUUGGGACAUUACGAAGAAGCUCACCAAUGCUUGGAGUUAGCACUUGAUGCUGAAGACCAAAACCAGAAAUAUUUACUUCCCCACUUAUAUUUUUAUAAAAUUUAUUUAUUAAUUAUUAGGAUUUUUUAAUGAUUUUGCUUUUAAUCAAGGGGGUGUGCUAGAUAAACUUUAUUAUAUGUUAGCUAUGUCGCACCUUCAAAAAAAUAGCAUUCAAAAUUCAUCAGAAUUUUUUGAGAAAAUUUUAAAAAAUAAUCAGAAUGAUUUCCAUGCUUGCUGCAGCUAUGGAAUUUUACUGGCAAAAGAAGGCAAAAAUGCCGAAGCUCUGCAGAUACUUUUAAAAGCUGAUCAAGCGUCCGUUAAAGGUGAGUUUUGGAUAAACGUCGGAAUUUUGUAUGAGCAAUCUAAACAGAAUGAUGAUGCAAUUCAAGCUUAUCAAAGAGCCUUACUCCCUCCGUGAGCGAAUAAAAAUAUUGGAAAAAUCUCUAUUUUGGCCCAAAAUCCACCCUCUGUGAGCGAAGAAAAUUUUUUAAUUAAUAAAAAAAAAUUUUGAUGCAUAGCGGUAUUGGUAUAAUGAAAAUCUAACUAAUUAAAUAAUUUUUAUAAAUUUUUAAAAAAAAAAUUUAUUAUAAAAUUUAUAUAUAAAUUUUAUAGAUAAAAAUUAACCCGCGAGCGAAUAAAAUUAUUUUGUCAGCUUACGGAGGGAGUUAGCAAUAAAAUCAUAUGAGCUUAUAGCCCAGGAAAGAAUCAAUGAAAUUGGUUCUGGCGCGUGCAAGCUCAGCAUGAUGAUCCACCCGCAAUUCGACCCGACAGAAUUUUCUGCCUCUAAGCCUUCGCCAAAUAUAUCGAGAAACAAAGAUUUUGCGUUUGGACCUCCUCCGGAACUUUUUGCGAUGCAUAUGAUGAGUUUUUACCAAGGAUUCAUGAAUUUUAUCCACAAUGCCAGAAAUAAUUUGCCGCCUGUAGAGCAAAAUCAGUCGAAACAAGGAGGGAAGCCAGAAGGGAACCAUGAUGAAGUGCAAGCCGCAGAAAUUUUGACAGGCUUAAAUAUCGAAAAAUCGGAAAGAACAGAGGAUAUCGGAAGUAAAGGUAGAAAAAGAAGAAAAGUAAAUUAG